CUUGGUUGUAGCGUGGUUGAAAUUUAUCUGAAGUUGAUCGGCAAACGUGGAACCUUUUCAAUUAACAUGAAGGUUAAAAUUUUACCCGCUCUUGAUGAUAAUUACAUGUACUUAAUUAUUGAUGAAGUUACUAAAAAUGCAGCUAUCGUAGACCCCGUAGAACCUAAAAAAGUCUUAGAAGCCGUAGCAGAAGAAGGUGUGGAAUUAACAACAAUUCUAACCACCCACCAUCACUGGGAUCAUGCAGGCGGAAACUCUGAAUUAGUUCAGUUGAAGAAAGGACUUAAAGUAUUCGGUGGAGAUGCCAACAUUGCUGCUUUAACUGAUCGAGUCAGCCAUGGUAAUGAAUUUAAAGUUGGCUCCUUGGAAGUUAAGUGCCUGCUUACCCCUUGUCAUACUAAAGGUCAUGUGUGCUAUUUUGUCGAAGAUAAAUCCGGCGGCCCUCCCGCAGUGUUUACUGGAGAUACACUGUUUUCUGCAGGAUGCGGAAAAUUCUUCGAAGGCACACCUGAUCAAAUGUAUACUGCAUUAGUUAAAAUUCUGGGUUCUCUACCGGACAAUACUCAAGUUUACUGUGGACAUGAAUAUACAGCGAAUAAUUUACUUUUUGCAGCUCAUGUUGAGCCUAAUAAUGGAGUAAUUCAUCAUAAGCUUAUAUGGGCAAAAAAUAAAAAAAGUGCUGGUGAACCGACUGUACCAUCAACGAUUGGUGACGAAAAGUCUUUUAAUCCUUUUAUGCGUGUGAAUGAAGCUGAUGUGCAAAAACACACAGGCGUUUCUGAUCCUGUCGCUGUGAUGGGUAAAUUGCGUGAUCAGAAAAACAAUUUUUCUGCACGAAUAUAAAAAUAGAUAUCUACUUUUGGAUAUUACGGCAUUAUGCUGUUGAACUAUUUCUAUUCCAAUAUGUGUUACAAGAUGUCAAAAAAAAAAAAAAAAAAAAAAAAAAAACAGGAAGAUUAGUAAAAGCAUAAUUUUUUUCACAUAUUGUAAUGAAUUUCAUUCAAAUAUUCAAGAUUUUUUUGAAAUAUUUCAUGUGUAUAGCUCUCAACCUUAUCAACCUAUAACAAUUGCAGUUAUUUAAAAAUAAAUGCUCAUAGCUUAUUUAAAAGCAUGGUUCAAAUGCUAGUUUAUUGAAGUUUUGUAAACAAAUUAUCAUAGCAUACAUAAAUUAUAUCUAGAUAUUUUCAUUUAUUUUCAAAAAAAAAUGAUAUUUUAAUUUGUUUAUAGCUUGAUGUAGUUAUGUUUGUUGUUCAUAUAUUUCAGUUAUAAAUUAACUGUAUGAUGCCAAUACAUAUUUAAAGUUCAAAUUUUAAAUAAAUUGUUUCAAACCGAGAAAUUGGCAUUGAAGAAUAGGCUUUUGUCUCAAGUACAAAUGAUCCUAUCUGCAUAUCAAUUCUUAAAUAAAAUGUUCAAUUUAUACCAAUUUCUUUUAAUUCCUUUUCUUAAACCUCCCAUAUUUCUUUUU